AUGGAACAACAAUCUAACCGUUAUGAGUACGUGAAAAGUCCAUCUGUACUGCCUCAUCUUCAUGAUAAUCUCGAAUGCGUUACUUUUAACAUCGAAUUUGUGUCCGUUCUUACUGCAAUUGACUUCAAGCCCAGCUCAAGAUGCUUGUUGAGAUUUAACAAUUUUGAAAACGGCAAGGAAGAUGCUAUCCCUUAUGCUUGCAAAAUAAAGUGCGAUACGCCUGAAACCUUGAACCUAACUAAGAUGACGUUAUCUUUACUAUCGCAGCCAUUUGAUCUGGACAUACCAUGCGUAGACAGUCCAUCUGGGUUUAUGAUGACACAUUUAUAUCUUGAAAGACUAUGUCUCGCUCAUGUCAAGGGGAAGUUUACCAGAAACAACAAGAAGGGCUCAAUACUGUUGCAAGGAAUCCGGCCUAUUGACUUACAGGGUGUUUUUUCUGCCAAACCUUCAAAACAAUCCAAUGAUCAUUCCUCAAUCAUUCGAAUUUUUGAUAACCUUAUCAAACUAAACAAUGAUUCGAAGGCAGAAUUUAAGUUCGUGAAGUUAGUGAAUUAUGAUACAAAAAUGAAGCAAUUUGUUCAGGCCCGAGAAGAGAAAAUACGCUUACAAACGAACAUGAGAAAUCCAAUUUUUGGAGCCGCAGCCCACAUUUUGACGGUCGAAUCGCAGAAUGACUUUGAUUCACAAGAUGUCGAUACUCAACCGUCCUACCAGGAUAGCAUAGAAACGUUUGAACAUUUAGACUCACAACAACUGCCAAACCAAACAAUAGUUAUCUUGAACUCAUCGUCAGGAAAAUCAUUUAAUAAUGACUCUAUCACGGAAUCCGAAGAAACGUGCAGUCAAAUAUGCGAUUCAAGUAUUUUGGGCUCUUUAGAAAGUUCGGGAAAGCCUAGCGAGCCAACGCCGUCUACUGUCCGGCAAAAUACAGGAAGAACAAGAGAAAGUAAUUAUGUCCCUCUAACAAAUUUAAGAGGAUUAAAUGAUAGAAAUUCGGCACUAGAGAAAGUUCCCACUCGUCAAACGUGUCCUGAUUUCGUGUUUGAAUCGAGUGACGAUGAGCUAUCUCCAGAGGUGAUAACUUCCCUCGCUACAUCCUCUGUGACAUAUACUCAGCACACUGAUGGCUCUUUGUCUCACGAAGAGUCGGUUACUCCUUCUCCUAAACGGCGCAAAAUACCUGAGUCUGCGAAACUUCCAGAUUGCCCAGCUGAAUAUUCAUUGGCUCUAGCGUCGUCUGAUGAACUCUAUCAUAAGCGAGGAGUACUCAUGGGAAUGGUAUCAGAUAGCACUUUAGGAGGCCAACAUGGGCUAAGGCUUUUUUUUAAAGCUUGCGAAGAAGGUGGGCCGCAGAAUGUCGAUAAAAUUAUUAAUCCACACACUAAUUGCGUAGAAAUUCAAGUCGUUGAUGAAAAAAAAUUACUUGCAUCACUUUUAGCAUCGUUCAAGACCAAUUCUUCAAAUUAUUUGAAUGAUCUGCAGGCUUACGUUGAACAAAACGGUCUUGUCGACAUUCGAGUCAAAAAGCAUCCUUUUUUGUUCUCACGGGGCUACUUCAGCUUCUCAUGGGCAUUACAUUCAAUUACCCUGAUAGAUGAGCGCCUUUGCUCCACAAUUGCUGUACCAGAGUUUCCACAAAUAGUAGUAUCACAGGACUCUCAGGCAUCUCAAGAGUCUAAAACCUCGAACACCAGCUCACAGCAAUUUGACGACCCGAUUAAAAAAUUUGAACAAUUGAGUAUUAAAGCUUACGGUGAUGUUGAGUUCGUGAGAGUCUUUGCAUUAUUGGUUGCGGCUAAAAGACGCAAUGGUAACAUGAGAAAGUUCGUUUUCACUGAUUUCACUUCGCACCCUCUGAACAAGGUUUCCUGUUUUGACUCUUUUAUUGGCUCAUACAGGGAUCGUGUAAGCCAGGAUAAAGCGUUUAUGUUUAUUAUGUAUGACGACGUGUUUUUGAAGUUCUCCAGAGCUCUGCGUAGUGCGAUUGGAUGCGAUUUUAGUGAACUUUUCACGGGGAGUGACCAUAAUUUGACACACAGGGGCAUUGUAUGCGAGGUUGUUCUGAAGGCCAAAAUGUAUAACGGCAGUAUUGACGGAACGGUGCGCUCGUGCGUCCCUGUUAAAGCGCAAAACAACCUACGUGGAGAGGAAAAGAGGGCAUUGACAUCAUUUUACCAAACUGCGAUACAACGCAUCCCGCAAUAUCACCUGGCGGAGUUUUUUGACAACUUUUCACUGUUCUUCCCGCUAAGGAUGGAACGGAAUACCGUCGCACUGGACUUCUUUCAACUCGGUUCUCACAAACAGGCGCAGUCCCCAUCUGUUCACGGCAAGCACCGGCGCUCGACGGAAACAUCGUCCGACAAGCUUAACCUCGCGGCCUGCCCACCUUCUCCGCUAAAUCUUGAAGCUACCGAGUUCCAAAUAGUGAAGGACAUCGACAUUCCUUCUUUGCAUAUGAUCGGCAAGGCCGCGCCGCACGUGUUGUAUGACGUACGAGGCAAAGUUGUUGCGAUGUCUUUGAAGGGUCGACAACUCGCAAUUCACAUCACGAACGACUGCAUUUCGCAAGAUUUACUCGACCCCUCCCGCAUACUCCGUAUAGACAUUAUCGGGCCUGAAAACCUGAGCUACUUCUUCAGCGUUCGAGACUACCACGCUAAAUAUAAUGAAUUUGAUUCCUUCAUUGGUCAUGAGUUCUCUUUUAAGCUUUCAAGGACGGCUGUAUCGAUAAAUACAUCUGCAAAACUACUUACUUGGACCCCAAUCGAAUGCACAUUGGAGGAGAUGAGAUCCCAACUACGCUUCCACAAUCCCGGCCCCAACGCAAUCAAAAUUGAGCAGACAGACACCAUUUUCUGA